AAUAAACAGAAUAUUCUUCUGCGCAGAUAAUAACUGAAACUUAACCUCUCAAAAAUUUACUCAUUCCAACAGUAACUGACCGCUUCCCGGCAUAUUUUCAGUAGAUAACUCACGCACAGCAAUGACUCGGUCAUUGAACAUUCAAAAAAUUCAUUGAAUAUUGGAGUUAGAGGUUUUUAUUUAAGGAAAAUGUCAGUGCCAGGGGCUCAUUUGGUUGAGCAUGGGGUUGUGGGGAAGGAUCAUGUCUUUGAGACCCCUACGAAGGCGGUAAAAACCAUGGAGGAUAUGGUGACAUGGGAAAAAUCAGAAGCCUACAAUGAAUACUUGGGGUUCAUACUGGCUCUGAAUGAAGCUGUUCAAGGCAAAGCCGCCAAUUCAAAGUAUCCAGCUUCUCAAACACUUCUGAACACAGUUGCGAUGUUGAAUAUUUUUGACCAAUGGCUAACGGAAAUUCCGCCAACAGAUCAGCCUCAGAGAUUUGGGAAUAAAUCGUUUCGAGAUUGGCAUGGGCGACUCCUGGAGAGAAGCGAAGAUGAACUGAAAAAAGUAUUACCAAAGGAUUUGCACAGAGCAAUUCCUGAAUUAAGUCCAUACCUCUGCGAGGGAUUCGGUAACGCGACACGCAUUGACUACGGAACGGGCCAUGAAAUGGCCUUUAUCAUGUUCCUCUGUUGUUUAUUCAAAAUAGGGGCUUACCAGUCUGACGAUAAAGUAGCUGCUGUAAAUAAAGUAUUCAGCAGGUAUAUGGAAUUUAUCAGACGAUUGCAGUUGGUGUACAGGAUGGAACCAGCAGGUAGUCAUGGGGUGUGGAGCCUCGAUGAUUAUCAAUUUGUGCCUUUUGUGUGGGGAAGUGCACAGUUA